UUAAUUAAUACUCCCAUGGCUCCACUCUGAAAAAACCUCAUAAUUAUCUCUCUCUCUCUCUCUCUCUCUCAAGUAGAUCUGAUCUCAAAGCAGCAAAGAGAAGAAGUAGAGAGAUGGGUCGUGGAGUGAGCUGUGGUGGAGGACAAAGCUCGUUGGGGUAUUUGUUCGGAAGCAACGAGGCACCAAAACCUGCUAAGGCGAAUGUGGAAGCUUCUACUCCAAGUGAAAGUAAAGCGGUGAUUAAAGAACCUUCCGUAAAGCCCAAUGCCGCUCCUCAGCCUGCAGUUUCUACCAAGCAAAUUCCUGCUGGCAUUCAUAGUAGCACCACUAACAACUACGUUCGAGCCGAUGGUCAAAACACUGGCAAUUUCAUCACGGAUCGACGGUCGACAAAAGUCCAAGCUGCCCCUGGAGGAGGUUCUUCUUUGGGUUACCUGUUUGGUGGUGGUAGCAAUUGAAGCUAAUUGCUGCAGAGCUGUAUUGAAUGAAGAUUAUUUUGUUUAAUUAAUGUUGAAUUUGUGAGUAAUUUGAGACCAUAUAUUUUUCAAAUUUGUUUUGAUUUGUGGCUAUAUCGUAUAUGUUUGUUUGUCGUUCGAAACCACGACUUUAAUAGAAUGGAUUUGUUAGCAAUCCAUCGAAAGUGAUCGGUUUGUAAGAAAACGAAGUCAUGUUUUCUUGUUGUUGUGUACCUUAAAUGUUUGUAUAAUUUCUUUGUAUUUGAACAAGUGUGGAAAUAUAUAUCUUAUCAAAUAUGUCAAGCUUUGAUGAUUUC